AAUAGUGCAGGGUGCAAUAAAGUAAUCUCCGAAUCUGUGUAUCUCCAAGAUGCAUCAGGGGAAACAAUACACACCGGUGAUCUGUUGCUUCAUAAAGAUGUCACAAGAGCGGGAGGUACCUGGGACAGGACUAUAAAGAGGACAGCCUAAUAUUAGAUUCAGAGAUUGGAAAAUCAGAGAAGAACCCCAGGAGAAGGUACCGAGUGGAAAAGCCACAGCAAAUGUUUAGUUUGAAGUGGCUAAACGGAGCACACAAUGACCAUGAGCUAAAGGCUACAGAAGAAGAAAUAUGUUAUUUGCUGACACUGAGUUAUACCACUAAGACACUCAAGAGACUGACGUUAUCAAAAUAAAAAAAGGGGUGUUUUGUACAAGAAGCAACAGCAACAUGGCGUCUGUAGGCCUUCAGAUGAUGGGUUACUUCAUGGGCAUCCUGGGACUGAUUGGCACUGUUGUGGCCACACUUCUACCCACCUGGAAGGUGAGCUCCUAUGUUGGUGCCAGUAUUGUAACAGCUGUGGGCUUCUCCAAAGGGCUGUGGAUGGAAUGUGCUUCCUAUAGCACAGGCAUCACGCAAUGUGACAUAUACAACUCCAUGCUGGGGUUACCAUCUGAUACCCAGGCUGCUCAAGCUCUCAUGAUCACAUCUUGUGUUCUGUCCUCACUAGCCAGCUUCUUCUCAAUCUUUGGCAUGAAAUGCACCAUCUUCUCUCAGGAUACCCCUGGGAAGGAUAAAAUAGCCAUUGUUGGAGGGGUUUUAUUUAUCCUCGGAGGUAUUCUAUGCUUGGUGCCAAUUUGCUGGAAUCUACAUUCUAUCCUCAGAGACUUCUACAACCCUAUCAUCGCUGAUUCAAUGAGGUAUGAAAUUGGACCUGCUCUCUAUCUGGGGAUUAUAUCCUCAAUUGUCUCAGUGCUUGGCGGCACCAUUCUCUGUACUUCAUGUCCCCCGAGAGAAGAGAAUCAGGGGUUUUACAGCAGGUACCAGAGGAAACCUCUAGUAGCCAACAAGGGACUAAAUACUACUGUCAUAACAGAGACCUCCAAGCGUGAACAGAGUGGAUACAAUCUUACGGGUUAUGUAUAGGAGGUUAGUAAAAUGGAAAGGCAUUAUCCUUGCUCACACUGACAUCUUCUUUCCAGGAUCAUAUAUGCCAUAUGAACAGAAUAUGCAAGAAACUUUUACCCCAUUGUACUGCUGGACUACUCCUUGUGCUAGAGAAACAUUUGUGAAGAAUGCACUGAUACAAAUACAGGCUCCAAAACUAAAGGUUGUGGGGAGCUGGGGGGGGAGGGAGGGGGGAAGGCGGCUAGGGGUGGAAUUAAAUUGAACCUGAUUUAAAGAUAUCAGAGAUUUAUAGUUAAGGUAAUUUAUAUGUACGGUUAUGUCUUUAUUAUAGAUUAUUAAGUGCAACCUCAAAAUGGUUUGGGUCCCUAACUGAUAUUCUUGUGUGUAUUUGCAGAUUAUAUGGAAAUAAGAUAGAUUUUUGUAAUGUAUAGUGCCAGCUAGAGUGCAAUUGGCAGAUUCUAUGCGUAACAUGCAACAAUUACUUAUUUGGAGCACCAUGAAAUACUGCAUUCCUGAACUAUAACAUGUAUGGAUGGAAUUCUAUCUGCAGGUUGUGAGUGUCAAACUCCAGUCAAGGAAACUGUUAACUAGGCAGCCUCCCUGUAUUCCAUUUUACUCUGCAGUGUAUAUAUAAUGUCAGACUUAAUGGCACAAUAAAACUGAUUAAUCUAAA